GCCUUUUCCAUCCGGGUGCCCCGGCGCGAAUAAGAGCCGGACCGCGCCUGCGCGCCCAGCCCCACUCCUUCGACCUCUGCCGCCGUCGCUGCCGCCGCCACCUCGCGGGACGAGAGGAAGCGGGAGAGGAGCCCACGUCGCCUGUCACCCAAGUCCUCCAGCCGCGCCGCCCCGAGGAGUGUAAGAUGUUCUGCGCCAAGCUUGCCUGCACCCCCGCUCUGAUCCGAGCUGGAUCCAGAGUUGCAUAUAGACCAAUUUCUGCAUCAGUGUUAUCCCGACCAGAGGCUAGGACUGGAGAGGGCUCUACGGUAUUUAAUGGGGCCCAGAAUGGUGUGCCUCAGCUAAUCCAAAGGGAGUUUCAGACCAGUGCAAUCAGCAGAGACAUUGAUACUGCUGCCAAAUUUAUUGGUGCAGGUGCUGCAACAGUAGGCGUGGCUGGGUCUGGUGCUGGUAUUGGAACAGUCUUUGGCAGCCUUAUCAUUGGUUAUGCCAGAAACCCUUCGCUGAAGCAGCAGCUGUUCUCAUACGCUAUUCUGGGAUUUGCCUUGUCUGAAGCUAUGGGUCUCUUUUGUUUGAUGGUUGCUUUCUUGAUUUUGUUUGCCAUGUAACAUAAAUUACUUCUUGAAAUGUUGGCAUUCAUCUUAAUUACGGAUUAAUUCUGUGUAUCCUACUGUGACUCCGAAAACUAUAGUAUUGGUGUCAUGGAAAUAUACGUUAUUUCCAAAGUCAUUUCAUUAAAGAUGAAAACUUUAAUUUUUGCUGUGAUUUGUACUUACCUAAAUUUAGAUCCUCACAAAGAAGGACAUGCAUUCAGGCAGAUGCUGUUCAAGUCAGAGGGAACUACAGCAGUUGCCUCACAGAUGAAAAAGAUCCUAAUGUAAUUUUUAUGGGAAUUCUUUUAUAUAGUGUUCCGCGCAUUGUAAAUUAUAGGGCUUUUGUUUAUUCAUUAAAUGAAAAAUACUUGAGUG